AUAGGAUCCAUGUUGAAAAUGUGAAGCGGGGUUAAUAUAUUUGUUAAUAUUUAUAAUGUAUAAUAAUUUUAGGCUGGUUUUCACUAAUUUAAAGGUUCAUUCCAUGUCAGAAAUGUAGUAGAAUAUUUGUAAUGUGAGACUCACAUUUUUAAAACACCAAACAGUUUUUGUGUAAUCGCUGUAACACACUUAGAAGAUGGAAUGUGAAGAAUAUACAUAACCUGUUUCGUGUGAUGAGCGAUCAGACUUUUUGGACCAAUGAAUGUUUAGCCGGCAUUGUAUUGUGUUGUUACAACGUGUCUAAUACACUCAAUGUGUUCAAGGAAUUCAUCAUAUACUCUACGUCCAGUCGCAGGGAACAUGAUGGCUGUGAAUGGCACUAGCGCUCCACAGACUGAAAAUAUGGCAACUUAGUUGCUGUAAUUCACUGGAAUUUUGUUUGUGAUACUUUACUGCAGUGGAAUACCUCAGGUAGCAAUGGACGCAGUGAAGGAUGAAGAUCGGAAGAGAAGGCUGUGUCAGCUGGAAGAGAGGAUACAGGAUCCACGAAGUAUUUCCAAUGUGGACUGUCUUCUGGAUACCGUACAGGCCUUGGUGGCUGACUGCGAUCAUCCGUCUGUCAAGCGGAUGAAAAAUGUCGAAGCAUACUUGAAUCGAUAUGACAGCGUGGCAGCAUCAAUAUGCAGGCUUCGGAUGAAGAGGGAUGAUUUCUUGGUGAUCAAAGUAAUUGGCAGAGGGGCUUUUGGCGAAGUUCAGCUGGUCAGGCACAAGCACAGUCAGAAGGUGUAUGCGAUGAAGUUGCUCAGCAAGUUCGAGAUGAUCAAGAGGGCGGACUCUGCGUUCUUCUGGGAGGAACGCGACAUCAUGGCCCAUGCGAACUCGGAGUGGAUUGUGCAACUUCAUUUUGCAUUCCAAGAUACAAAGUACCUUUACAUGGUGAUGGACUACAUGCCAGGUGGUGACCUUGUGAACCUUAUGUCGAACUACGAUGUGCCGGAAAAGUGGGCCAAGUUCUACUGCGCUGAGGUAGUGCUAGCCCUUGACGCGAUCCACUCCAUGGGUUUCGUUCACAGGGACGUCAAGCCGGACAACAUGCUGCUAGACAGACAAGGCCAUCUAAAACUGGCAGAUUUCGGAACCUGUAUGAGGAUGGAUGCAGACGGGCUGGUACGGUCAGACACCGCUGUCGGCACUCCCGACUACAUCUCCCCCGAGGUGCUGCAGUCGCAGGGCGGCGAAGGGGUGUACGGCCGGGAGUGCGACUGGUGGAGCGUCGGGGUGUUCCUGUACGAGAUGCUGGUGGGGGACACCCCCUUCUACGCCGACAGUCUCGUGGGCACCUACAGCAAGAUCAUGGACCACAGGAACUCUCUCCUCUUCCCCACGGACAUCGAGAUCAGCCACGACGCCAAGUCCCUCAUCUGCGGCUUCCUCACCGACAGGACACAGAGACUGGGGCGGAGUGGUGUGGAGGAAAUAAAAUCACAUAAUUUUUUCCAGAAUGACCAAUGGACGUUUGACAAUUUGAGAGACUGCGUGCCACCUGUCGUGCCGGAGCUGGCGGGGGACGACGACACCAGCAACUUUGACGACCUCGACAAGGACGAAACGCCUGAGGAGAACUUCUCCACUCCCAAGGCCUUCGCAGGCAACCACCUGCCGUUUGUGGGCUUCACCUACUCCAGAGACUACCAAUUACUUUGCGGUAAGGGCUUAAAACAGCUUCAAGCAAAUGACAUGACGAUGCGGAACCACGCGGAGGAGGGCGGGGCGGCGGCCCGGCAGCACGCGGCGCACCUUGAGGGGGAGCUGGGACGGGCGUGCCGGCUGGUGGAGGCCCUGGAGGCCAAGCAGCGCGCCCACCUGGCGCAGCUGGAUGCCGUGGCACGGCGCGAGGCCCAGCUGCAGGAGGAGGUCGCCGGCCUGGAGAAGACCCUCGCCAUCCUUCGCCACGACCUCAAGGAGGGUCAGAGGAAGGCAGAGAACGAGCUGGAGGCGCGGCGGAAGGCGGAGAUGCAGCUGCAGGACGUGAAGAGGAAGUUGGAGGAGGAGCAGAGCAAGAGGACGCGCGAGAUGAGCAACAGCCAGCAGGUCAAUGACAAGAUCAGCGUGUUGGAGAAGCAGGUGUCGGACAUGCAGGAGAAGCUGAAGGCGGAGGCGGAGGGGGCGUCGCGGCUCCGCAAGCACGUGGCGGAGCUCGCCAUCGCCAAGUCGGCCAGCGAGCAGCUGCAGGAGGAGCUGCAGGGACGGUUGGCGACCCUGCAGUCGCAGCGGGACGCCUUGCAGCAGGACGUGGCAGCCCUGCAGGGCCGGCUGUCGCAGGAGAAGAGCUCGCGCACCCACGCGUCCGACCUGCAGCAGGAGCUCGAAGGGAGGCUGCAGUCGCUGCAGCAGGAGCUGGAGCGGACGCAGGGGCGCGAGGGCAAGCUGACGGAGGACAACCGGGCGCUGCAGGAGAAGGUGUCCGGGCUGGAGAAGGAGUGCGCGUCCCUCGCCCUGGAGCUGAAGGCCGCCGAGAACAUGUACCAGUACGAGGUGCGGGCGCACGAGGAGACGGUGCGCAGCCGGCUGGUCAGCCGCGAGGAGGCCAACCUGGAGGUCGUCAAAGCGCUGCAAGCAAAGCUGAACGAAGAGAAGAGUGCGCGGCAGAAAGCCGACUUGCAGUGCCAAGAGAAAGAGCGGCAGAUGUCCAUGCUCUCGGUCGACUACAGGCAGAUACAGCAGAGGUUGCAGAAGCUGGAGGGAGAACACCGCCAGGAAAAUGAGAAAGUGAGGACGCUGCACAGCCAGGUGGAGCAGGAGCAGCAGAAGAAGUGCGCCCUGCAGGCGGAGCUCGGCGUGCAGUCCUCGGAGGUGGCGCACUUGCGCGCCCGCGAGGCCCAGCUGGGACGUGAGGUGGGCCAGCUCCGCGAGGGGCGGCGAGCGCUCGAGGAGGAGCUGCACAGGGUCAAGACCGCCCGCUCCGUCGACGACCUGCAGAUGAAGGAGCUGCAGGACCAGCUCGAGGCGGAGCAGUACUUCUCGACGCUGUACAAGACGCAAGCCCAGGAGCUGAAGGAGGAGCUGGAGGAGCGGCAGCGGGCGUCCCAGGAGCUGGAAGAGGAGCGUGGCUCGCUGCGGCACCAGCUGCAGAUAGCUCUGGCGCGCGCCGACAGCGAGGCCCUGGCGCGCUCCAUUGCAGAGGAGACGGUCGCCGACCUGGAGAAGGAGCGCACCGUGAAGGAGCUGGAGCACAAGGACCUGCUGGCCAAGCACCGCACAGAGCUGGCCAACAAGGAGCUGGCCUUCAAUGCCCUGAAGGAGAGAGAAGUAGACUACAAGAAGACUGUCGAGCAACUGAUGAAGGAUAAGGAAGAUCUAAACUACCAGCUGAAGAUAAUGCAAGAUGACCUGGACAAGUCGAGCAACAUCCUGGACGAGCUGGAGCGUCUGCGCAAGCAGCUGAAGCAGGAGCAGCUGCUGAAGAUGCAGGCGGUGAACAAGCUGGCCGAGAUCAUGAACCGCAAGGACAUGAACAUGGGCAACGCCGGCCGAGGCAAGAACAAGGUGUCGUCCGCCGAGCUGCGCAAGCGCGAGAAGGAGUGCCGCAAGCUGCAGCAGGAGCUCACCCAGGAACGGGAGAAGUACAGCCAGAAAGCGGCCCAGUGGCAGAAGGACCUCCAGGAGCUGCAGUCGCAGGCUCAGGAGGAGAACCUGGUGCGACUGCGGCUGCAGAUGGAGCUGGACUCGAAGGACUCUGAGAUCGAGCAGCUGCAGAUCAAGCUGGCGACGCUCAGCAGCGAGACUGCCUCCCUCAGCAGCGGGGGAGCAGACAACGAGGACGACGCUCUCGGUCAAGAAUCGAGGUUGGAAGGUUGGCUGUCUGUACCAAAUAAACAGAACAUUCGAAGGCACGGAUGGAAACGGCAAUACGUGGUCGUAUCUUCUAAGAAGAUAAUAUUUUACAACUCCGAGAGCGAUAAACAGAACACUGACCCUGUUCUUAUUUUGGACCUCAAUAAAGUUUUUCAUGUUCGAUCUGUUACACAAGGAGAUGUGAUCAGAGCUGAUGCCAAAGAUAUUCCUAGGAUAUUUCAGUUGCUGUACGCGGGGGAAGGGGAGGUGCGGCGGCCGGACGAGGGCGGUCUGCCCCAGCUGGAGAUGGUGGUGUCCCGGGACGACAAGCCCGGCACCGUCUCGCUGAAGGGGCACGAGUUCGUGCAGAUCUCCUACCACAUGCCCACCAACUGCGAGGUCUGCCCCAAGCCCCUGUGGCACAUGUUCAAGCCGCCGCCGGCGCUCGAGUGCAGGCGGUGCCACAUCAAGGUGCACCGGGAGCAUCUGGAGCGCAAGGAGGAGGCCAUAGCGCCCUGCAAGCUGCACUACGACCCCAACUCGGCCAAGGAACUGCUCCUGCUGGCGGCCAACAUGGACGACCAGAAGCUGUGGAUCCAGCGGCUCGGCAAGAAGAUACAGAAGUGUGGCUACAAGGCCAACAGCUGCCUCGACAGUGCCAAGGUGUCCCCCAGGGAGUCCAUGCGGUCGUCCCUGAAGCCGUACGGGACGCAGCAGCAGCGGUCGGCAACCCUGCCCGCGAAUGCGUCCGCGAUGGGCAAAUGACACAGCUUCUUCCAUCGCUGAGAUGGGCUGUAUGAACCUCGAGAGGGACGGAGGGGGCUCCGAGAACCAGCUCUGCGGGGGUCGGAGCCGGCCUGAGAGUGACGUCGUUAAGUCGCAGAUCUUCCCUUGUUUCAAAACUAAAAACCCAGCAAUUAACACCUUUAAACUAAUAUUUGGUAUAAAGUAUUUUACUCUUGUUUUUACCAUUUUUGUGCGUGUUUGCUGAAUACUGAGCUCAAACCUUUUUUUAGUGUUGUGAAAGAUUUCAUGUGGCUCUAGUGUAUCAUACCUACAGUCAUUAGAUUAGAAGGGAACCCUUACUCAGUUAAUUCAACAGUUUUUAGAUAUAUAUAUUUUUUUGUUGUAAAUAAAACUGUGUUAACUGUGUUGAAAUCGUACCUGCAGUUAAUUUUCAAGGUGCUGAAAUUUAGUUUUAGCAGAAGAGAUGAAACUCGCUAACUUUCGGAGGAACAAGUUUACUUUUGUAAAGAGGAACUUUGUAUUACAAUUUUUUAUAUUCCAAAAAAUUUGGGCGUGGAGGAAACCAAAAGUAACUAGUAGUUACGAUCAAGUUGAGAGUCAUGGUUUCGGUUUGUG